UCGAUACCAUAACCUUUCAUCGUUCAUAUUAGGAACUUGCUUGGGACAAUUGUGACCUAAGUUCAUUGAUCAUAUUUGAGAUUUCUCACACUUUCAAAUUUGAUAAAUGUAUUAUUCUCAUACCAAUCAAGACUAGAUAAAUCUUAACGAAGUUUAUCUUGUUUGGUAAUUCGGAGCCACCUAUUUUUAAUACAUUCCAUUUUAAUGCAGUCAACGCGCUUCAUCCUACGAUGGGGAGACUCGAACCCUUAACAUCCCUAGCAUUGGGGCGAUCUCCUUAUGAUGAUGUUGUGCGAGGAGAAGGCCCAGAUGAUAUUCAUGAGCCUGAGAAGCAGUACGAUGGAUUGGGGCGAAUUGUUAACCCCCGGACUAAGCAAAUCAUUAAGGAUGUUAUUCGCGCUCAUAACGAGGUCAUGCUUGUGAUUGGAGUUGCUGAACCUGAAAAUAAUGGUAUUAAUCUAGCCGACUCGGAAUUAGCUAGACAACAUCAAGAGUACGAAAGCGAUACAGGAAGGACUUUAUAUCAACUCGGUUCUUCUCUUGGAAUACUGAACACUUGGGGUAUCCUCAACGUACGACGACGCAUCUUAGCAUACCAGAAACGCGCCGACGUUUCAUUCUUUCAAUUAUUACAAUCAGAAUGGAGAGGUCACUCCUUUCUACAGCUAUUAUUUGCGGGUUAUCCAUGCCAUAUGGCUAUGUAUGGGUUGCAAGUAACCUCUACGUAUUUCAAGCCAUACGCAAAAAAGAAAUAUCCAUGGCUCUUUGUCGGCAUGGAAUACGUUCGGUUCCAUUUGAGUGUGUUUCUCACCAUGCAGCGCCUAGAUCUGGUACCUGGAUCUCAGUGGCUUCCCGGUCCUAGUUUUUUUAUACCCUUUUCUAGCACAUCGCCAUUUUCUGCACCUCCCUUACCCGAAUCACUAGAUUUUCCUAGUAUAUUGGGCUGGGUCGGCAAGCUAGCUGCCGGUAUAGCUCCUUAUGCUACAUUUUAUCUAUGCGGCCACAUUUUGCGGUCGGCAUACGCUGUAAUAAGAUCUCACAUACGCCAACACCUGCCCCGGCCUACCUAUCCAAAGGGCUUGCCAUUAUCCACAGGUGCUAUCCAAAGGCAAGCUAUGCCGGAAUCUCCGACUUUAGGAGCAGCUGAUCGGGAGAUCAGACACCAGACCCUGGAACCCGAUGUUCUAACACCGUUGGCUCUGGAUCAACCUAGUGGCGAAACCAUUCCUGUUGGUUCAAUUAGUAGACGGGGCACAUUUUCAAGCCGGGCUGGCGAUGAAUAUGGUACUGACGAAGAGGAUGCUGAGAUGGUUAACCCAACGCUUAUUAGCUUUGACGUGGAUACUAGUGAAUCUACCGAGCCGCAAACCGGGGUCUGGUCAGCCGAAUUACGCCCUAGCUAUCCAGGAGACUCUCGGCAGCAGACCAAAGAGACGCCCGUAUACGCAGUAAACCCCUUAACUACCUUACCUAGCUCGUUUGCGUCAGAUAUACUCGCCAACUUUGUUACGAACAUCCUUUUUUUACCCUUCGACAUUCACGCUUCCCCGGUGGUAGCAAGAGCCCUUGCACUUAGAAGGGGCAUUCCGUACGAAGAUAUGAGUGGCGGUAGCUUUUUAGGGGGAUUAACGUGGCGAGGAGUCUUCAAUAUCAUCCAGUUGGAUGUGGCCAAACUCCUUUUCACCGGGGAAGUUUGGGCUUUCACGACUGUGUUAUCACAAUAUCUGCAUGUCACUGAGGAAGAAUGGAAGGAAAUACGCAAGGAAGAUGAGCAAGAAGGCCUCCUUCAUUAGUGGAUCUCAAUGAUGAGCCUUGGAUGAUUGCUCGACCUUCUACCGUGGGAAAUGUGGUGGAUGCAAACAGGCAUCACAUACUAUAUCCGGCUCAAAAUGGUCUAGGACGGCAAAUGUUAUUCUCGCGGCGUUUGUAUUCGAGGCAGGCGUUCGGUCAAUAGUACUCUGGAAUGAUACCAAGCAUUAUAGGGCUAAAACAAGCACUGCGUUGUGAAGAUAGCUUAGGUCAAGUGCAUGCGUCCG